AUGAGCAACACGCCAGGUAAAACACUGUGCGAGUUCGAGAUUGCCCUCGAAGACUUCAAGAAAAAUGCCCAACUUGGCCCAGACGAGGCCAAAGAAUUCCGUUUCGCAGACCUUAACAGCUUGCGAUCUACCAUCAAGCGAAUACAAACUGAACAGGAAGCCAAGAGAAGAAUGCGGAACAUGAAGAGGCUCGAGCCUUUUCUUCAAAUAAUUGAGCAAUAUGGCCACGCUGUUGACGUCUUCGUGAAUACAUCUGAAAUACUAGCAUUCGUCUGGGUGGCCUCAAAGUACGCUGAUGCUCUAGACCGUCUUCUUGAGGCUUACCAGACCAUCUGGGGGGAACUACCUCUUCUCAGCUCUUUACAAGAUCUAACCUCUGGUCGACCCUACACGAAGACGAUCCUUAGCUGGAUUUAUCACGAUAUUCUAGACUUCCAUAGGGAAGCCAUGAAGUACUUUCGGGGUAAAGUUUGGCAACAAGUGUUUCAAGCAGCAUGGAGAGGCUUCAGCUCAAAAAUAGACUUGGUGAAGACCAAAAUGCAACGGAACUAUAAUUUGCUCAAAACCGAAGCAUCUCUCGCUCAAUUCGAGGAAGUCAGGCGAAUUCACCGCAUCGCCGUGGACGAGUUCAAUAAUCAACGACAGGCCGAGCUCGAUAGACGCCAAAAUUAUGUUACACAGUGGCUCUGUGCUCCCAACACACAAGGAUUUCAGGAAGAAAUUGCAGAAGCCAGAAUUUGUGCUGAUGCAGGUUCAUGGCUGGUAAGGGAUCGUAAAUUCACGAACUGGACGGAUCCGCAUUUCUGUGACAAUCCACUGUUAUGGGUAACGGGUAAGCCUGGUGCAGGAAAGUCAGUAUUGGUUUCCUGUAUUGUGGAUGAGAUUCGAAAGUCGCAAAGACUAUCUCGAGGCGCCGCAACACAGGACACGUCGAUCGCCUUCUUCUACUGCAAACACAAAGAUACGAGUCGAAACAGCUUUCUCGCUAUCGCUAAAGGACUUCUGUCCCAAUUGCUUGACCAAAAUAAGCACCUGAUCCAAUACUUUUACGAGAAGUCCUCGAAUUGCGGUGAAAUCUCUUUACAUACCAAGGUCCUGGCUGGAGAGUUACUCCGUGUUGCCCUUAGAUGUUCCAAAAGAACGUACAUACUCUUGGAUGGCCUUGAUGAGUGUGAUGCAAGGGAACGCAGAUAUAUUGUGGAGUUCUUAAGGAAUACUGUUGAGGCCCUUCCUACUGCGGACAUGGACUCAAUUCGAUGCCUCUUUGUCAGCCAAGACGACAGAGAGGCCAGAAAGGGCCUGUCCAAUAUCCCGUCAAUAAAUGUCUGCCCUUCAGAUACAAAGCAUGAUAUCCACUCUUUUGUCAGAAUUUGGAAAGACAAGAUCGAGCAGAAGUUUGGAAACCUACCAGGGAUGAGAUACGACAUUGCGAAGAUUGUCACAGCUAAGUCCCAAGGCAUGUUUCUAUUCGCCAAACUUGUUAUGGAGAAUAUGUACGAACAAACUUCAGUGGAAAAUCUCAUUUCAGAGUUAGCAAACUUUCCGGCUGGACUCGAUCAAGUAUACGCCCGCAUUGUAGAGAGAAUCCUCAACCAGACCACGUCAACCAGAAAGAGCGAUGCUCAACGUCUUCUUCAAUGGCUGGUCUGUGCAAAACGGCCCUUGAAGUGGUACGAAUUCCAGGCAACGAACUGCGUCGAUCUAAACGGAGACGAUUAUGAUCCGAAAGAAAUCUCACAAAGGAUAUGGCGAGAGAAUCCCAAGGAUAUCUGUGGCUCUUUGAUUGAUCAUCAUAAAGACGGAACGGUGGAUUUUGUGCACCCAACUGCUAGAGAAACGAGAGAAGUCAUACCGAGCGAAUCUCAUUUCCAAAUCACCUGCCUUACUUUAGGAUAUCUUAACCUGCCUCCUGCAGACCCCACUGCUGAUGCAGAAAUGACACACCAGGCCCUGAUGGCUGGCUUCUUCGCCUACUUAGAAUAUGCGGUGGUAUGCUGGUCUCUUCACCUCCAGGAGUACUCGGAGUCCCCGGGAGAAAGCAAGAAUUUGGAAGAACUCGGUGAGGAGCUGGAGGUCUUCCUUGGAAUACAUUACAAACAGCCGGCAGCGGACUUGACAGUGCCUAAUUCUAUCAAAGAAGAGCUUUCGAUCUUCGACCGUUUUGAUUUCCACAAAGAGCUUUCCCAAGCUGUUACAUGGUCACGGAAACAACUUGGAGCCCAUGGAAAGCCACUAGAGAGUGAGCACGUGCUGGAUCUUUUGGAAUUGGUCAAGCGGGUGAGAGGUGUCCUCGAAAGUAGUGGGAAAUCCCAGCUCACCGAUGAGCAGAGGUCUUCUCUGAAAGCUCUCUAUGGAACAAAUUGCAAAGACGCGAGGAAUAAUCAUAUGUUGGAAAUUCACGGAUUCGACACAGACGGAGACCUCGAAUUUCCAGAGCCACCACGGAAGAUGCAAAAGAUCAAAGCCGGCUCCAGUCAACACCAGUGCGAUGUGUGCCUCAAGACAUUCACGCGGGGUCACAACCUGAAAGCACAUCUGCGGAGCCACGCCAACGAGAAGCCAUUCUCUUGCACAGUCUGUGGUGCAUCUUUCGGGAGACAGUAUGACAAGACAAGGCAUGAAGCGAUACAUGUCGGAGAGAAGAAAUUCGUCUGCUUCGGAACCUUGAAGUCCGGGUCGACAUGGGGGUGCAAAUUGACAUUUGCCCGACAAGACAAGUUGGCAGAUCAUUUCAAGAGUAAGACAGGAAUGCAGUGCCUGCGGCCUGUUCUCAUGGAAGAGCGGCAGGAGGCAACGGGAGGCAGUUCGAAAGUGGACUCUGAGGGUGCGGGGGCCACAUCAGGUAGCGUAGAAGACGACCUUGCGAGGGAACACGUUUUAUUUCUGCAGCACUCGUCUUAUAUUCAUAAACCCAAUCUUCCUACCUUAUCAAAAGCAAGCCAGACAAUCGGAAUCCUCUUUGGCAUCUCCACGUGGCGUCUCCUGGACUAA